GUGAACAAUUUAAUUAAGUCAAGUUUAAAGCAACAGACAGCUUAAAACGAAAGAGACAGGGACAGAAGCUGGACAGAGACGAAAAAUAUUACAAGUCAGAGCUUUGCGAAAAGGCGGAACGUAGAGGAAAGAAAGCGAAAUAGAAAUAGUGGAUGAUGGCUGCAAAAAAGAAUAGGGAAAAACAGCAACAGCAAAAACAACAACAACAAACGGCUCAUAUGAGUAUUGGGUAUUAUCACACACACGCACACACAGAGACAGAGGCAGAGGCAGAGGCAGCAGCAGCACGAGCAGAGACACAGAUACACAGAUACACAGAUACAUGGACACUAUGCUGUAAUCGUCGCAAUGCAAUUAGCAUUGGAAGCAAAAGCUCAAGUUCACUGACAAAGAAAUCAAACACUCACACAGAACGAGAGUCAGGGACAGAGAGGGAAACACACAGAGAGCGAGAGUAGGAGAGUGAGAGAGAGGGAGAGGGAGAGGGAGAGCUAGUGAUAGACAGAUAGAGAGGGACACACGCAUGCACACAUGCACAUUCCGGGUAUGCGAUAAUUUUUGUAACCGAGCGAAGCUUUACAAAUGCAAUCAAAUGACGUUAGUUCCCCCUUCAGACCCACAGAGCGAGAUAGCGACAGCGAGAGUGUGAGAGAGUGUCGGCGGGAGAGCAGGCACGCUCCACAGAUAGAUAGAUAGAGCGUGCAAGUGGGACAGCGGAAGGGAGAGAGAGAGAGUGAGCUUACUCGUGAGUAGUUGAUCAAAAUGUGGCACACUGAGCAAGUGGAAAUCAAUUGUUGUGCGAACAUAACCUGAGCCAAAACUUGAACCCAGACUCCAGCGAAUAAACAUAAUCAGAAUAAUAAAAAACUAUGUGAACCAGAAACUAAUUGUCGCAUUUGUGUGCAAGUCUUCAAUAGAAGUUCGGUUCGGUUUUCCCUCCCCCCUCCCUCCCAACUCCCUUUGCCUCCUCGUUCUGUUCUAUUGCCCGCUUCUGGUCGUAUUUAAAGAUUCGUUCGGUUCAAGGAUUAUCCAGUAAAUACGAAAAAUGGACGACGAGAGCGACGACAAGGAUGAUACGAAAAGUUUCCUUUGCAGAAAGUCACGGAAUCUGAGCGAGAAAAAGCGACGGGAUCAGUUCAACUCUUUGGUCUGCGAUCUGAGCACCCUGAUAUCCACCUCCGGUCGGAAGAUGGACAAGUCGACGGUCCUCAAGUCAACCAUUUCAUUCCUGAGGAAUCAUAAUGAGGCCGCGGACCGAUCCAAGGUUUUUGAGAUACAACAAGACUGGAAGCCCACGUUUCUGAGCAACGACGAGUUCACGCACCUGAUGCUGGAGUCCCUCGAUGGUUUCAUGAUAGUCUUUAGCAGCUUGGGUGCUAUAUUCUAUGCCUCGGAAAGUAUUACCUCACAGCUGGGCUAUUUGCCGCAAGACCUGUACAGAAUGAACAUCUACGAUCUGGCCUAUGAAAUGGACCACGAGGCCCUCAUGAACGUCUUCGUCAAUCCGCCGCCUGUGAUCGAGCCCCGGCAGACGGAAAUCAGUGCCAGCAACGAGAUAUCCUUCUACAGCCAUAUAAGGCGCGGCGGGGUCGAGAAGGCGGAUACCAACUCCUACGAACUGGUUAAAUUUGUGGGUUACUUUCGUAACGAUCCCAACACCUCGGCGGGCUCCCGUUCCGCAAGUCCGAGCGGCAGCCAGUCUGCGCCCGUCCUGCCGCGCAUCUUCCGUGAGAACACCAGCGUGGAGGUGGACAGAAAGCUGGUAUUUGUGGGCACGGGCCGCGUCCAGAACCCGCAGCUGAUACGCGAGAUGAGCAUAAUCGACCCAACCAGCAACGAGUUUACUUCGAAGCACAGCAUGGAGUGGAAGUUCCUGUUUCUCGAUCACCGCGCGCCCCCAAUCAUUGGCUACAUGCCGUUCGAGGUGCUGGGCACCUCCGGAUACGAUUACUAUCACGUCGACGACUUGGACAACAUUGUGGCGUGCCACGAAGAGUUGCGACAAACGGGCGAGGGAAAAUCCUGCUAUUACCGCUUCCUUACCAAGGGCCAGCAAUGGAUAUGGCUGCAAACGGACUACUUUGUAAGCUAUCAUCAAUUCAACACGAAGCCGGACUACGUUGUGUGCACCCACAAUGUUGUCAGCUAUGCGGAGGUCAUCAAGCACACUCAGAAGGAGCGCCAGCAGGCGAGCAGCAAGGACUGCAAGGCCCAGACCUCGACGGCCAGCAGCAGCAAGCCGGCGACGGCCACGACAACGCUGAGAGACUUGGAGCUGGCCAAUGAGAAUCUGGAGAGUAACCUGCUGGACAAUAGCCUAUCGAAAUUGACCAAUGAAACGACUGCCACCUCACCCGCAGUGGAGUCGUCACCCAUGUGGUCAGCGACGGUGACGGUAGCGGCAGCGGCAGCAUCGGGCUCGUGCCAAGCAAAUCCUCUGAAAAUAGCCAGGCCAGCCUCGAGCUAUAGCAACAUUAGCUCUACGGGUAUCUCGCCAAAAGCCAAGCGGAAAUGUUACUUCUACAACAACAGAGGCAAUGAUUCGGAUUCCACUUCAAUGUCUACGGAAUCAGGCACCAGCAGACAGUCGGGAGCCAGCAGGCACUCCGUGUUGACGCAUGCGAGUUCGCAAAGUCAACGACAGCGGUCACAGCUUCGUGAUCACAGUCAAAGUCAUAAUAAUAACCAUCACCAGCAGCAGCAGCAGCAGCAACAGCACCAACAGCAGCAGGCGCAACAGCAGCAGCAGCAGCAACAACAUCUGCAACACCUCCAGCAACAGCAGCAGCAGAUCCAACAGCAGCUGCAACAGAACGUGGGGCCGCCCAAGCUGGUGCCCAUGCUGCCUAUCGGACCCGCACAGAUCAUGGCAGGCAACGCGUUUCCGCAGUCCCCCUAUCCUCUGGCCAGCCCCCAGCUGGUGGCGCCUACUUUUCUGGAACCGCAGCAGUUCCUGGCAGCCAUACCCAUGCAGCCAGUGAUAGGGCCGUUCCCGGUGCCGCCAGUCCCUGUCCUCUCGCCGCUGGCUGUGCCGAGUCAAGGGCAAGGGCAGCAGGAACUACUGCCCGGAAGUGUGGUGAUGACGCCGACGCAAAGUCAGCUGCAGGAUCAGCUGCAGCGCAAACACGACGAGCUGCAGAAGCUGAUAAUGCAGCAACAGGACGAGCUGCGGAUUGUGUCGGAGCAGCUGCUGCUAGCCCGCUAUACGUACUUCCAGCCCGUGGUGCAGAUGGGACUCUCACCGGGCAACAUAGCACCGGGCAACAUGACACCGGGCAGCAUGACACCGGGAGCUGCGAUGCCCAAUGCGGCGGGUGGCAGCGUUCAGCAGCGCGCAUUCAACUUCUCAAGCACGAAUGCAGUGCAGCCGCAUUUUAAUCAGUAUGGAUUCGCGCUGAACUCGGAGCAGAUGCAGAACCAGCAGGACCAACAGAUGAUGAUGCAGCAGCAGCAGAACCUUCACAGUCAGCAGCAGCAUAAUCUCCAUCAGCAGCAUCAGAAUCAGAAUCAAAUGCAGCAGCAGCAACAUCUUUUGGAGCAGCAGCAAUUGCAGCUGCAACAGCAGCAGCAGAACGAAAUGUUGUCGCGCGAGGACAUUGAGGACAUUGAUGCCUUUCUCAAUCUGUCGCCGCUGCAAUCGCUCGAGCCUCCAGCUGCACUAAACCCUAGCCACAACAACAACCAUUCCAGCUUUAACAAUGGCAACGGCAACAGCAGUCAGAACAUCAUCGGCCACAACAACAGCAACAACAACAACAACAACAGCAACAGCAACAACAACAACAACAACAGCAGCUCGACUGCCCCACAGAAUCACAACGAAGACUCCUUGUUGUCGUAUAUGCAGAUGGCCACAAGCCCUUCGGUCAACUUCCACAUGGGCAUCAGUGAUGAUUCCGAGACGCAGAGUGAAGACAAGAUGAGGAUGGGCAGCAGCAGUAGCCACCUGCAGCUGCAGCAGCAACAUCUCCUGCAGCAACAGCAACAGCAGCAACAACAACAACACCAGCAGCUACCAGAGUCGAGCAGUUUUUACCAUUCGAAUCCAUUCGUCGCCCACCUACAGAAUCAGAAUCAAUUGCCAAACGACCUGGAAAUAUUGCCCUUUCAAAUGUCGCAAGAGCAAUCACAGAAUCUAUUCGAUGCAUCAAACACAGCCCCUGGCGGAAGUCAAUAACACAUGUGGAACCCUAGUUCGUAAGCUCCUAUAAGUUCCCCCCCCAUUCACUAUACGAGUAUCUUGUGCAUCUGUGUAUUAACUAGCUGUCUCUCUAUCGAACUUUCUCAUGGAACUCCUUUUGGGACUAGUUGUAGAUCUCAACAGACUAGGUAUUGUUCUAGAGAUGGAUUUGGACUACAUUGUGUGUGUGUGUUUGUAUGUAUGUAUGCACGAAUAGUAACGUUCUCAAAAUAUGUAUCCAUAAGUGAAUUUUUUUUGCUAGCAAGUAGGAAGAAGUGCCCAUCGUUUCCAUAAGCCACCAUUAUCCAGUAAGUGCCAUUGUGGCGCAAACAGGGAUCUCUGAUAUUUAAUCGAACCUUAAACCCUAAAACGUACACCUAAAUUAUUGUAGAUAACGAUUUAAGCAUUGCUAAUCCAAUUUUAUAUCAUUUCCAAGACUGGGCUUCCCUACUGAAGUCAAUUUAUUGUUUAAGAUGCGAUAUAGAUGAUAGAUAGAUAUCUAAAAACUCAGGUUGAGACUGCAACUGACAUUUAUUCUGCUGUCAGCAUAUUCCGAUAAGUUCUCCUCAUGCCAGAGCUUUUCCAGCAAUUGAAAUAUACCUAUGUACAUACAGAAAAUGUUGAACAAAAUAUUAGAUACAAUUCUGUUGGAAAAGCUUGUCCGAAUAUGUUUCGAUCUUCAGCUUUGAACUUCCACACGCAGCCAAACCUUGUAACUUAUCUUAAACUCAACUACAACUACCUUAAUAACUCUAGUUAAUUAGUUAACUCUGUGUUUAAGCUCUGUACAUACCUAUAGGACAAGUCGGAGGAACUUGCUUAAGCCUGUAUAUACGACGAUGAUAAUCGAUGGUGAUCUAGAACUAAUUUGUAUAUAACUAGAUGUUUCUAUGUUCCCCACGAGAGCAGUGUGAAAAAGCUAAUCAAAUCAAACGACAGCAUAAUAAAAGUCCAGAAAACGGA